UUAACUUCAUUUAACUAGAAAAAGAUAUAUUUAUUAUUAAAAAAGCUAUUAAUUUUAAAUACGAGGAAAAGGUAUUUUCAAUUUAUCAUGUCGUUGUAGGAAAUUCCCGGUUUUUCAACAUACGUUGUAUAGACAUAAAUUUCUAAGAAAUCAGUGCAUUGUAUAAUGGAGUGCGUCAGCAUGGUAGUAAGAAUGAGCGUUAUUAUUUCACGUGAUACAUAAUAUUCUUUUUUAAGAUUUAUUACAAAAUUUAUAAACUAGCAAAAUGUGUGUAUAAUUAUAAAUAUUUUGAAAUAAUCGGUAUUAUCAGAUAUUAUCUGAUAUUGUCAUACUUAUCGAAUGAUAACCAUUGAUAACCAACUCAAACCGUUGUUUGAGUAUAAUAUUGUGUAUGCAAGUUGUCAAAUGGUCUCUUGAUAUUUUAUAAAGUAGUUUUUAUUAGUGCAUGAAAUAUUUAAUAAAAUGUCGACGUUAGGAAUGUACGAAUUAACUCAUCCUGAAUUAUUGUCAGAAUCAGAUCUUAAGGAAAUUUUAGAAAAUAGAUGUAUUGACUUCAGUGACUAUAAAAAUUUAUCCAGAUUUGAAUUAAUAGAACUAUAUAAACGGGUGGCUUUGCCAUUACCUCAAAGACAAUCUGAGAGCACUCAAAAUUCAGAUAUAAGACAACAUAAUGAAACAAUGCACUGUGUUAAUGAAUCACACAGAAAUCCUGUUUCAUUGAAUGGUACAAGUACUAGGAAAACAGAUAUAAAUGAAACGGCAAAAGAGAUUUUCUGUAUAAGACCAAAAUCCUCUGCAAAUGAACUUAAACAAACAUCUAAUAAAAUACGUUUAUAUAAUUCAAAUACUUUUAAAAAAUGCAAUGGUAUUGAGAAACGUAAUAAUGAUGGAAAACAUGAUGAAGCUCCAUCAAAGAAGAGACAAAAGAUUACAUGGCCAUGAUACUAUAUUAUAUUAAAUCUUUAUAUUAUAUAAGAACUAUUUUUUUGGAAGUGAAUGAUUGGGGUUGGAUUUAUGUUAUUAGUUGUUAAUAAAUCAUAAUAUAUAAAUUUCUAUAGAAUUUAUAAUAAAUAAUAUUAUCAACAGUAAUUAAGGUAAAUUUUCAGCACGUAAAUUAAAUUUAGUAAUCAUCCUGAUUAAACUAUUAAUUAAUGACGUUGAUUAAUUAAUAAAUAUAUCCUCAUGUUAUUGUACAAAAAUAAGGCUGCUAAAAUGGUUUGAAUAUUUGUGCAAUAUUUAAAAUAUUUAUACUUAUUAUUACAUUAUAUCGAACAUUUUAUAUCAGCAACAAUUUAUACUUCCUUCAAUCUUGUUUGAAUCGUAAAAAUUGUAAUCACACACACAAAUAAAGUAGAGUAUUAUCGGAA